UUCAAGAAACUAUCCAAAAACCAAGAAAACUCACCAGAAGAAAAAAAAAAUGGGCACAGAAAUAAUAGCCUAUCGUCCAGCAAUAGGAAAAAUCUACACUGAUCCACACACCUACAUUAAAUACCGUCUUGAAAAAGUAAUUGGAACUUCCGGUUUCGAUUUCGUUUACAAAGCUUCAUAUUACACACCAGAUUACUCUGAUAAUGGCAAUCUUCUUCCUUCUGGUUACGUUACUGUUAAGUAUCUUAGAGCUGGUGAAGAUAUUGUACGUAGUCUUUCACAAGAACAAACCCCGGUUCGCAAUUAUGUUAACGUUGAUGCAUGGUUUAUACGUAGGUUUAAUGAUGGAUUUUGUACUGCAUUGAAGUAUAUGUCUGAAGGGUCGAUAAGAUAUAUGUUAUCUACUAGGUUUCAUUACGGGUUGCCUGAAGAUUGUAUUGCUAUUGUUCUUAAAGAAGCGCUUGUGGGGUUGCAUGAUAUUCAUAAUUCUGGUCAAGUUCAUAGGACUUUUAGUGCUGAGAAUAUUUUUGUGAAUUUCGUUAAUUCGAAUGUGGAAAUUAAAUUGGCUUUUGCGGCAACUGCUUAUGAAUCGGAUCUUGAUUGUCCUACUGAGAUGAAUGUUGAAAUUGAUCAUGGACCACAUGUUGUUUCCACUUCGGUACCACCACUAUCGAUAAUUUCAGAAUGGGCUGCUGCACCAGAGGUAUACAAUGCAUUAUAUGAUAAUGCUGCUAAAGAUCAAGAAGAAGAUCAAAAUUGUCGCACUUUUAAAUCAGAUAUGUGGCUAGUGGGCAUAGCAGCACUGGAAUUAGCCUAUGGAAAUAUACGAGCAAACAGUCGCGCAGAAUUUGAUGCAAUGAUCAACAAGAUAAGGUUGUCGAAACGAUUGCCAAAUAAGUUAGAAUAUCUGCUUGAGGAGAUUAUGGCUGAAGAGGCUCAGAAAUUUGGGAAAAUGAAGGGAGUUGUUGAAUCAUUUUUUAAAGAUAAGCUGAAAUUAGGAAAAAAGAAAAGGGCGUUUUCGAAAGAAUUUGAGAAUGUUGUGUUGGAAUGUCUAAAUAAAAAAGCAGCAAAGAGGCCAACAAUUGAGAAGCUUUUGCAGAUGCCAUUUUUUCAGAAUGCUAAGGAUUUGAAGUGGUUUAAGAGAUGUGUGUUGCAUGCUAAAGGUCCAAUGCCUAUUGCUGAUUAUGGUUAUUAAUUGAAGACUUGGUGAUGAAGAUUUAGUGGAAUUGAUGAUCAAGAUCAGAGAUAUUAAAAAUGUAAAUAUAUUACGUACCCAGUUAUAGUCAUACUACAUACAUUUACGGUGACAACUGAGAAAUUUUUUCCAGCAUUCAGAUGUAGAGACAAAGGGCAUAUUACAUAGAAAAGAAAAAUAUACUUUCAUAGUAUUGAUAGAUUCUGUUUUUUGUGUGUGAAUUUUCUCUGAGUCGGAAACUAGUUAUUCUGUCGUUGGGUUUUUAUGUGACAAUUAUUUGAGGGAUGGUUUAAGCAGAAAUUAAUCUGUUUGGGAAGGGGAGCUAGUUUUCUUAGAAAAAGUUUUCAAAUGUUCAUAUGAUUUUUUUUUUCUUUUUAAAAUGGAAAUAAUGUCAAUUGCCAAGAUUAAGUCGUAAAUUCAGGAAAAAAUGGAAAUGGCAUAGUUGGAAUUUUCUAUACCCUGAAGACAUUUUAGUACUGAAAAGGGAAUUACAUUUAUUCUUCUUUUUUCCUUUUGAUGAGUCUGGACGUAUAUA